GAGAAAGAAUAUGUCUGCAGCUACCCCAAGUGUUAUGUGGGCUCAGCGACCCAAUCUUGUUUUAAUAACAAUUAAUGUGAGUGACUGUAUCAAUCCAGAUAUAAAGGUUGAGAAAGACAGUCUCCAGUUCCGAGGAUUGGGUGGUCCUGAAAAAAAAGAGUUUGCUAUCAACAUGAAACUGUACCAAUCAGUAAAACCGGAUACAGUCAAAUACGCCGUCAGGCCUCGUUGUAUUGAGUUUGCAUUGGAAAAGGUUGAGGAUGCUCCUUACUGGCCUCGUCUGCUGGAGGACAAGAACAAGCAGCACUGGCUCAAGGUCGACUUCCAAAAGUGGAAGGAUGAGGAUGAUAGUGAUGUUGAGGAUCAGGGUGGAGAUUUAGAAGAUAUGAUGAGAAAUAUGGGCGGUCUUGGAGGAGGAAUGGGCGGUAUGGGAGGAAUGGACUUUGGAGGAAUGGGUGAGAAGCCGAAAUUGGACGAUUUGGACGAUGAGGACAGCGACGAUGAGGCAACUAUGCCGGGAUUGGAAUAAACUCAGUAUUCGUGGAUUUCCUAGUCGUAUCUUUGCGUAUUUUUUCAUCCCUGAUUUUUGUUUAAUCUCUUUCUUAUCUUUAUUCCCAAAACACAAAACCUGCAAAGGCAUUUUUAUUUGUAUUUUUUUUUACAACUUAUGCAUUUACUAAAUCUUUAUUUAAUUUUUGUUUCAGAAAAUAAAAUGAAGCGAAAGAAGCACAAAUAGUCUCGGAUCGACCUACAUUGUCUUAAAGGGCGUGGUUUUCUGGGAGGGAGGGGCUAAACGCCUCAAUUUAUAAUUAGAAUGGAAGAUUGGGAAG